UCUUUCUGAAGAGAUUUGGUGAGGCAGAUAGGCGGGUAGAGUGGUAGACAGGCAAAGAUAGCCAGCGACGUGAGUGCGACAAACCAAUCACUGCUCGCACCACGACACACCCUUUCAAUGUCCGUCUCGUUUAUUUUUGAGACGAUCCUAGCAAGAUAGUGACUAAUAAAAAAAUACGUUUUACGUUUAUCUUAUUGUCAACAUCAGCCAAUAAGAUUUUGAUGCUCGUCGGCCUAUAAUCAUUUUAAAUUGCGGCAGUAUGAACAACAAAUGGACUGUGCGCUAGACCUGAUGCGGAGAUUACCUCCGCAACAAAUUGAAAAAAAUCUUAGCGACCUGAUUGACUUGGUUCCUUCACUAUGCGAGGAUCUACUGUCCUCGGUAGAUCAGCCGUUAAAGAUUGCCAAGGAUAAGGAAUCUGGCAAGGACUACCUGUUGUGCGACUACAAUAGAGAUGGGGAUUCAUACAGGUCUCCUUGGAGCAACACUUACGAUCCACCGUUAGAAGAUGGCUCGAUGCCUUCCGAGCGAUUGAGGAAGCUGGAAAUAGAUGCCAAUCAUGCCUUUGAUCAAUAUCGAGAGCUUUAUUUCGAAGGUGGAGUUUCGUCGGUGUACUUAUGGGACUUGGAUCAUGGCUUUGCAGCAGUAAUUCUCAUCAAGAAGGCUGGCGACGGUUCCAAGAAGAUUAAAGGAUGUUGGGAUUCGAUACAUGUGGUGGAGGUACAGGAGAAAUCUACUGGUCGUACUGCUCACUAUAAACUCACAUCAACAGCUAUGCUGUGGUUGCAGACCAACAAACAUGGUUCUGGUACAAUGAACUUAGGUGGCAGUCUGACGCGUCAGGUGGAACAAGAUGCUCAGAUCAGCGAAACGUCCCCUCAUAUUGCCAACAUUGGCAGAAUGGUGGAGGACAUGGAGAACAAGAUUCGUAAUACAUUAAACGAGAUCUAUUUCGGUAAAACGAAGGAUAUCGUCAAUGGGUUGCGGUCGGUGCAAUCUUUGGCUGAUCAAAGACAGCAGGCUGCGCUCAGGCAAGAUCUCGCAGCGGCGCUGCAGAGGCGAAACGCCAACAAUUGAUCUUGCGAAGAGCAGGAAAGUUUCAAUUACGAUUACGAAUAGAAUUUUAUGGUAUUUUUUGAUCCUUUUUUAUCUCGCUUGGGAUCUUUUGCGAUUUUCAUAGACGUCUUUAUAUUUUUAGAAUCCGUGGAACUUUGGAUUCUUGAAAGUUUUCAAUUUUUUGCGGCGUUCCUCGAGUUCUUUCCCGAUAAGUCUUAACAUCUCGUUGGACUUUUGGAGAAUUUUAAAUGCUGCGACUUGGGCCUUUUCCAGGGCGUCAAACCGUAUCUAUGGAACUCAUAAAAUCCUUUGAAUCAUUGUCUACAUUAUUGAUAUCGAUAAUGAUACUUAUUACUGAACUUUGUUGCCCUAAAAGAGAUACAAAUCAAUCAUGAACGUGUUGAUUAAACCUAAACAGUAUGAAAUACUUUGUUUAAUUUAGAAUGAAAUAGAGUUUAUUGUAAAUAUGCGGAAAAAGUGCAACGCGUUUUAGAUCAGUAAAUUAGAUAAAAAACUAUGUAAAAUGCAAAAGAGUGAAUUAUAAUAAUAUAGUUAACGCUUAUUGUGUAAAAACUCGAAAAAACUACAUUUAACAAUUUUCUCUUUUGAUUUAUACUGAGUUUGAUAAAUGAUAAUUGCAAAUUGUAAUAAAUUUAUAACAUUUUUCUAAUGUUUGAAAAGUAUUAAUAUUUCAUUUAUACUGUUUAGGAUUAAAUUUAAAAGUAUAUAAUUUAGCGCUUGAAAACAAUGUAAAAUGUUUUGCGUAAAAAUUGUAAAAGGACUAUCUUAUUGUAAUAAGGAAUUUGUCCUCAUAAAUGAAAACCUUUUGAAGAUUGCACAUAAGAAUAAAAAAUUCUUUACAUUUAUAUUAAAGUUACACUAGUUAACAGCUAAAAAUCAUUUUAAACUAGACAAGGUGUUUCUAGUAGAUUUUUGAAUGUUGAAAACUAUGUAAACCAAAUUUCAUCAGAUUUCUAAGGUUGAGUUUUAAGUUUUAUUAUGUAAAAAUUGACUUUUUUAUUAUAUUUAAGAUCUUUGUAAAAAAAAGUUAACAUUAUUUGAAAAUUUUCUGAUUAAAUAUCAUGAAAAUGUAGUGUUCGUUUCCUAUAAAAUUUAUUUUUCUAAUUUCGAUAUCUUACCUUUAUCCAUUUUAUGAAGGAUUUAAAUACAAAAUUUUGUUGAUAACAUAUGCCUGUGAUAAAGUAUAUAUUAUAUGUUUAUAAUUUAUAAUUCAGGGUAUCGGUUGCACAUACACAAUAUAAUUUACCAUUUUAGAUUCCACUAAAUAACUAUAUAUAUAUAUACAUAGUCUCAUUUUAUUUGCCUACUUCGCAUUUUCUUAAACAAAUGCGUUAAAAAAUGUUUCAAAUAAGUUUUAUUAUUUUACAGGAUGAUAAAAUUAAUUUUAGAAAAAUUUUUCAAAAUUUUUACUUUCAUAUACGCCCUCAUAUGAGUAAUUCUCAACUUUUCGUAGCACAGCUAAAAAUUAAGUUAUCUAAAUUAAAAAAUACAUUUUUAAGGGAUAAACAAUACAUUCAUGACAUCAGAAUUUCCAGAUAAUGUUGACUUUUUACAAGAAAAUCUGAAACAUUACAAGUUUUUUUCUACAUGUUAUACUUCAAUUAUUUUGAAAACCUGAUGUGCUGAUAAAAUUUGGUUUAUGGCACUUUUCAACAUUUGAAAAUUUAUAAGAAACACUUCGUCUAGUAAAAUAAUAAAAACAAAUUUUUUUGUAAACUAGUGUUAUUUAAAACUAUUUAGAUACAAACAAAUAAAACUCAAAAAAUUGUGUCAUAUUUCAAUAUUGAAAGAUAUAAAUCCGAUAUAGCAUAAUCUCCUCUUUUGGAGAGAUAGUGAAACAAUUUGUUUACAUGACAAUCCAAAAGAAACAGUUGCAUUUUGCAUUUGUUAAUAAUGAAUCCAUAUGCGCAAAUAAAAGUUUUCAAAUUAAA